AUGUCGCACUUUUUCGCCGCAAUCGAAGACCUCGUCAAGAGUGUCGCCAACCUCUUUGCAGGCAUUUUCAACACCAUCGCCAAUGUAAUCGGGGGAUUCUUGACCAUGAUCGUCAACUUCUUCUCGUCCUUUGUCAACCUCAUCACCGGCACCGUCGAGGGUCUCGCCCAAAUGGUUGGCGGACUGGGCAAGUUCAUCGCAGGAAACAUCGUCCUCAUUGGUAUUGUCGGCGUCGCGGUCGUCGGAUACCAGCGCUUCGUCGUACAGGGCAACCAGCCCAAGCCCAUCACUCAGGCCAAGAAGACGACUUGAAGGACUAUGGACGACAAAGGUCGCUGGAAGCAAGCUAUAUGCGUUUGUCGAUGGCUUCCAACAUCGCAAACCACACCCCCAGGGUAUUCACAUUGCCCUGGGAGAUGAUUCUUCAUCCCGGGUUUGGGCUUAAUUUGACUUUCCUUUUUGUAUCUUCUGGCUUAAUAACCACUUUUACUUUCUCA